CACCGUACAGUUGUAAUUUUGGAAAAUCUUUUUUAUGGGAUUUUACAUUUGCAUGCUUUCCAAUAAGAAUGCAACCAACUCCUUUUCAACUCCUCUCCGACUGACACCAUUCAUGUCGACCAGGUAAGGCAAGGCCACAGUUGAAAUCAUACACACAUUUGUUUUCUGAGAGAUGAAUGUGGUAUUUUUGUCCAAAAUCUGCCUGGUUUGUACAUCCUGAACAGUUGUCAUAAUCACCACAAUUCCUGCUGUGGUGCUUUAAAGUGUAAGUGCACCCUAAAGAUGUUUUACUCUAAACUAAAUGAUAUGACCUAUUCAGUUUAAAUGAGAGAUUCAUGUAUCCACUGCAACCUUCACCGUGUGGAAUGGUAGGUGAUGACUGAGUGACGUUUUUAGAUUUGCAACAAAGACUGAAUAGACUGUUUAUAUGUUCUUAAUCUUAUCCACGGUUCUCACUUUAUAUUUCAGUUGCGAUUGAACACAUUAAUACUGGUGUUAAUAUUGACAAGAUUUGCGCUUUAUAAAAAUCUGCAUUUUAAGGGUUGAAAAUGGAUCAACACACUACAAACUUAAAUAUACUGUUUAAAAUCAUCCUGAACCUUGCGAGGCUGAUGCUGACGUCGAGUAAACCGUUUGGUACAAACUUACUUCAAGAUAUUCAAAGCCUAUUGGAGAGAUUGUUUUUUUAUCUCCACCUGCUGGUUGGAACGUUGCUUUCAAUGCUGACGUGAAAUAUUCGGGACUAGGAACAAACAAUGAUAACUUGCUCAGAGCUAACAGCCUAUUCAGUUUGAAUGAGCGGUUUAUGAAUGAACGGCUUCUUUCAUUCGCAUGCUAAUUGAACGUCUAUCUAAGAGCACGUUGCAAGAUGCGAAAUUGUUGCGAAAGAAAAUGUACGCUCCUAUUUCUGUUUGCGUGUGUUUGAGUGAUGAGGAGGGAGAGAGUGGAAGAGAGUCAAAAUCCCAAAUAAGGCAUGGACUAAAACGGAAAGGGGAAAAACAAUGAUUCAGGAUAUUCCCACAGGAUGUGUUGGCUGAAACUGGAAAUGAAAGGUGUAGGAGUGAGCCCGCUGCACGGACAGUGAGGAUGUGAGAGAACUAGCGUGUCGGACCAGUAUGUUCAUCAGCAGCACAUAGUAGGAUACAACGCACAAUAAAGAACCAUGGGUGCCAGGUUCUGGUUUAUUUUGGUUAUUGCCAAUGAAGUGGCUGCCUUCACACGUCCACACCAACCUCCACCAUGUGAAGUGGUCCAGAUGGAUGUGUUUUGCAAUGACAUGAACUUAAGAAGCAUUCCAGACAAGCUGCCCCCUGGCAUUCAAAAACUCGAUCUUUCCCGGAAUCUGCUCCAGAAUCUCACACAUGAAGUCUUGGCCGUCUACACCAGCGUUCACCACCUGAACCUUCAUUCAAACAAGAUUCAUUUCAUCCAGCCGGGGAUCUUCAAGGCCCUUACCAAUCUUCAAGUCCUGGAUCUUUCGCAGAACAACCUGGAUGCUUUUGCUGCACUGAAAACAGAUGUGGGCCGUCUCCCCUCUGUGGAGAGCCUUGAUUUAUCUGCCAAUGGACUGUACACGGGCAUGAGCGACUACUUUCUGCGAGAUGCCCCCGCAUUGAGGAACUUAUCUCUAGACGGAAACAGCAUCACAAAGAUAGACAAGAGCACUUUUGCUGGAUCUUCAGAACUCAGAAAAAUUAAUCUGCAUAAUAAUGUCAUUCUCGAGAUUAAGGAGGGUGCAUUUGAAUCCUUGAUUAAUCUCUCUGAUCUUGACUUGUCCAUGAACUCUAUUACCUGCAUCACUGACUUUAAUCUCUCCCAACUUAAAUUGCUGAACCUCAGUAAAAACAGUCUGGAGCUCUUCCAAGCCAUCGACAUAGACACCGAAUAUGAACUCCUUUACCUAGAUUUGAGGGAAAAUAAAAUCCCUUACUUUCCCGUUCUCCCUCAGAUGAACAGGCUAAUGUACCUUGAUUUGUCUAGAAACCGCCUGAGAGGUGUUAAUACCUCAGGCACUGCUGAAGAAGGAGAGCACCUGACCGAGAGUUCCUUUAAAACUCAGUUCUCUCAGCUUCUUUACUUAGAUAUGAGCUUCAAUCAAAUCAUGUCUUUGCCUUCAUUUUUCUUCAAACACAUGAUAUUACUUGAGACACUCAAUAUUAGCAAUAAUUGUUUAGAGACAUUUAGUGUCAGCCAUGAAACCACUUUACCUUCAUUGAAAACCCUUGACCUCAGUUUCAAUGCAAUGCAGAACCUCUCCUUCGAGCAGAACACACUCCUCUCGUUGGAGAGCCUGUACCUACAGGGCAAUUAUCUAAGCACUUUGGACUCCAGUAUAUUCUACAGACUGCCUUACAUAAGAGAACUGCAUCUUCAACAGAACUACCUGAGAAUCUGUGAAUCUCAGCCUGAGGUUAGCCCGAGGCCACAGGCCCAUGGCUGUGUGUCAUUCUCCUCCAUACCAACCCUUCAGUAUCUGUCCCUCUCUGGGAACAGUCUUGAGUCUGUGCCUCAGUAUGCCUUCUAUGGCAGUCCCCUGCAUGUACUGGAUCUGGCAUGGAACCCAGGCUUAACUAUUCACCAGCAUGCAUUCUGUGGUUUAGAAACAUCCCUGACUCACCUGACCUUGAAAGAGAAUCGUCUUCGAACCCUUAACACUGACCUAUCUUUUUUAAGUAAGCUCAGAUUUGUGGAUCUGUCCAUCAAUAGCUUAAAUUCCCUUCCUUUGAGGAGCAAAGACUCGUCAAUUGAAUUCCUGAAUUUACAGAACAAUAGUCUGGCCACCCUAGAUUAUGACACAGUAGUGGUUUUGGAGCGGACACUGAAAGUUCUCUACAUGGGUUCAAACCUCAGCUGCUGCAGUAACCCCAGGUUCCUGGACAUGGUUCAGGGGUCAGAGGUGGUGAUUCCUGAUAUCGCUAGGGUUACGUGUCAGUACACACUGGACUCAAAGGAUGUGGAGAUCAAUAUUGCAAAGGUGUUGCAGGAAUACUGCAAGGCACUGGACAGUAAAAGCUUGAACAUCCUCAUUGUCGUGGUAACCUCUGUGGGUUUGCUUGUGAUAUUAGUCGUAGCCUUUAAGCUCUGCCACAUGAGGAGGCGGAGACUCAACAGUAGCUUUAAGGCAUGACACAACGAUCAGGAGAUUUCUACAGUAUGAACAGUAGCUUUAAGGCAUGAAACAACGAUCAGGAGAUUUCUACAGUAUGAACAGUAGCUUUAAGGCAUGAAACAACGAUCAGGAGAUUUCUACAGUAUGACCAGUAAGGGAGGUUCAUAAGAAAACAACUGCAUUAAAAAAAGGACACAAGUAUCUUACAUAGAUUUCACAGAUAUUUGUAGGCUCUCUGGAUGAAUUAAGACUUUCAGAGUAGACAUAACAUGAAAUGGAAAUGAUAUAACUGUCAUUAGACAUGAUACUUUCAACUUUUAAAUGAAAGUUGUAUGACUCUGCACUUUUUUUGUAUAAAAACACUACAUUUUCUUAGGUAGCACUUUAAUGAUUUUGCCAUGUGAAAAUGUGUUGAAGAUGUUCAGGAGUCACAAACUAUGAGAAUAUAAGAAGAACAGGAAGAAAAAGAUUAAUUUAGCCCAUGUUUAAAGUUUUGUUUUUAAUAUCAGUAAAUAACUGUAUGUUUAUGUUUUCACAACCCUACCACACAACAUCAUUAAAUACCAAACUGUGAUACAUACAAUGCAUUUUCUUUUAUUUACUUUAAAAAAAACGGACUAUACCGACAGCUUAGAAUUGAGCUGAGGGAGUAUUUCCAAUGGCGGAAGGUUGGUAGGAACACCUGCAUUAAAAUGGUUUGUUUUUACA